AGAAUGUUCGCCAAUCCAUUGCAAAAACCCACUGCCAAAGGAAAGACAUUCCAAGAUCGGGAAGCGCCCCAUCAAUAUGCUAUAUCCGAUUAUGGUUAUGGCAAAGAUUCUGUCAAAAUCCUGCAUGUUAAGAGGGACGGGCCAGUGCAUUCGAUAAAGGAAUUCGAAGUGGGUACACAUUUGAAGCUGUACAGUAAAAAGGAUUAUUUCCAUGGUGACAAUUCCGAUAUUGUAGCCACAGAUUCGCAAAAGAAUACCGUCUAUUUGUUGGCCAAGAAACAUGGUGUAGAGAAUCCUGAAAAUUUUGCCCUCCUAUUGGCUCGUCAUUUUAUGCAAAAAUAUGCCCAUGUCGAAGAGGUACACAUCCAUGUGGAAGAAUAUCCCUGGCAAAGGGUUAGUUCCGAAGAGACCGGUUGUGGUGAUGCGGGUAAUUGUAAUUAUACCAACAUCAACAAUAGGGCCCGACACAAUCAUGCCUUUAUUUUUACCCCCACGGAGAUACGCUACUGUGAUGUGGUUUUGAGGAGGACUGAUCCCAAACAAACCGUCAUUAGCGGUAUACGCGGUCUACGUGUCCUCAAGACCACCCAAUCCUCGUUCGUUAACUUUGUUAACGAUGAAUUCCGUUCGUUGCCCGAUCAAUAUGAUCGUAUCUUCAGUACUGUCGUGGAUUGUUCCUGGGAAUAUUCAAAUACCGAUAAUGUUCUUUUCUGUAAAUCAUGGAAUAAGGUCAAGAAUAUUAUCAUCAGGAAUUUUGCUGGUGAUCCAAAUGUUGGUAUAUCCUCACCAUCGGUCCAACACACCCUGUAUCUGACAGAGAAAGAAGUUUUAGACACGCUGCCAGAAGUUUCCGUGAUUUCGAUGACAAUGCCAAAUAAACAUUAUUUCAAUUUCGAUACAAAACCCUUCCAGGCCGUUGUACCCGGUGAGAAUAAUGAAGUCUUUAUUCCCGUCGACAAACCACAUGGUACGAUCUAUGCUCAAUUGGCACGUAAAGAUAUUACCAGCCGCCUCUGA